GUUGGUCCAUUAAAUUGGCGUUCAGCUAGUGAAAGUGGUGGUAUUAUCAUUGAUGUAUCUAAUAUUAAAAUCUAUUCACUUGCAAGUGAUUGGGCAUGGGUAUUCAAAUUGGAAAAUGUUAGUGGUAGUGAGUUAAUCAAUAAGAAGCGAAAAAAACACCAACAAUGAUCAUUGAAUAUUCCGUCAAUAAAUUGAAACUGUUGCUUAAAUCUUUUUUUUUGUGAUAUCUUCUUUUCCGUUUCUCUCAUUCUUUUCUUUCGAUUUAUAAUUCAAUCUUGUUCUGAUUUAUUUAUUAGCUUUUUACUAGUCUCAUAUGUAAUUAUUAUUUAUGUGAAGAAGUAACAGAGGUUUAAAACUCCCAAUAAUUAUUAUUAAUAAAGCAAGUUGAUAAAAUUAUAUUGAAUAAAAAUAAUAAAGAGUGGUUCACAAGUUAUUUUAUCAAAGAAGAAGAAAACUGAAAAUCUCUGUUAUAUUUUGACGAAAUGGCCUGAUUACUUUAUCCGUGAUAAAGGAGUGUUGAUAGGUCAUAUUCAUAAGAAAAAUAUUAACAAAAACAUUGCUUUGAAGUAUCUUCGUUGACUAAAUAAGAAAUAUAACCUUUUACGAGCUAUGAAAAAACACAAUAUAAUUAUUUCUUCUGAUCAAAAAUAAAUCAGGCAUAUUUUUUUUUCAAUUAAUUCUCUAGACUAUUUUCAUAUGAGCUGAAAUUUAUAUCGGAGAUACAUGUCUUGUUACUCAUUGUAUCCUGAAAUCUUCAGCCAUAAGCAUUAAGAAUUUGUUGAGAAAACUGCAAUAUGAUUUGUUUAUAACUCGUGAAAGGUUAUAGUUCUUAUUCAGUCAACGAAGAUACUUCAAAGCAGUGUUUUUGUCAAUGUUUCUCCUACGAAUUUGAUCUAUGAAUACUUCUUGUAUCAUCGAUAAAAGAUAAGUCAAUUUAGUCAAAAUAUAAUACAGGUUUUCAGUUUUUGUGGUGAUAAAGUGACUUUUGAGCCAUCCGGCAUAUCAUAUUUCAUAAUCCAAAAACUAUCAUAGCCAUUAACAAAACAAUCAUAAUACCUAAUACUGUUACUUCAACAAAAAAACAAAUUCUAUGUAGCCUUCAAAUAUGUCAUGGUAAAUCGACUGCAACAGUAAUGAUAUAUUCAAUAUGAUCGAUGUGCAUAGAUUUCUUUUUCUUUUUUUUCUUUAAUAAACAAAUCAUUCUUUCAACAUCAGCUCACAACUUCACUAUGAUAGACAAUAAAAGAUGCUGGAACUCGAUGUACAAAUGCAAUCUGUUGCAUCUUUUCGAAGAAACUAGACUUAAAAAUGACAUUGUAGUUUUGAAGAAAAAAACAACAUUUCGUGAU